AAUGUUCUCUCUCUCUCUCUCUCUCUCUCUCUCUCUCUCUCUCUGCGGAUUUUGCUCUCAAAACCCUAGAGUAGUUCAGUUCUUUGGGCUUGCUUCUCCGAUUCCAAGAAUCCACAAGCUUGACUAAACAGAGAAAGCACAAUGCCGUUCAUAUCAGAGGCGGCAAGUGCGAUCAAAAGCCGGUUCGGAUUCCACGACUCGUCGUCGGAGGCAUUGCCCAUUGUUCCGAGUUCCCCAUUCCUUCUCAAGUCCGCUUCGAAGGAUAAUUUUUUCAAUUCCUCGGCAAUUCGGAAUGCCAGUGACAGAGAUGAUCGCACGGCAGCGUCGAGCCAGAGCUUUGAGUUGCCAGAAGAUUCCUCUUUCUGGAAGGAUCACAAUGUACAGGUGAUUAUUAGAAUCCGUCCUCUUAGUAGUUUUGAAAUAUCCCUACAAGGCUAUAACAAAUGUGUUAGGCAAGAGAGCUGUCAAACAAUUACUUGGACAGGGCAUCCUGAAUCUCGUUUCACUUUUGAUGUUGUUGCAGAUGAGUAUGUUAGCCAGGAAAAGCUAUUCAAAGUGGCUGGAUUACCAAUGGUGGAUAACUGUAUGGAAGGUUACAACAGCUGUAUGUUUGCAUAUGGCCAAACUGGAAGUGGCAAGACUCACACGAUGUUGGGAGACAUUGAAGGAGGCACUAGAAGACAUAGUGUCGACUGUGGUAUGACGCCUAGAGUUUUUGAAUUCCUAUUUUCAAGAAUCCAAAAGGAAAAAGAGACACGCAGAGAUGAGAAAUUAAGAUUUACCUGCAAAUGCUCAUUUUUGGAAAUAUACAAUGAACAGAUUCUUGAUCUUUUGGAUCCAUCCUCUACCAAUUUACAGAUAAGGGAAGACACCAAGAAAGGAGUUUAUGUAGAAAAUCUCAAGGAAAUGGAAGUUGCAAGUGCUCGAGAUGUGAUCCAGCAACUUGUUCAGGGUGCUGCAAAUAGAAAGGUAGCUGCCACUAAUAUGAAUCGUGCAAGCAGCCGAUCUCAUAGUGUAUUCACAUGCACCAUUGAAAGUAAGUGGGAAGCCCAAGGUGUGGCUCACCAUCGGUUUGCUCGGCUCAAUCUAGUAGACUUGGCAGGCUCUGAAAGGCAGAAGAGUUCUGGUGCUGAAGGAGACCGUUUGAAGGAAGCUACCAACAUAAACAAGUCCCUUUCAACAUUGGGACUUGUGAUUAUGAACCUUGUGAACAUGUCUAACGGGAAGUCACUCCAUGUUCCUUACCGGGAUUCAAAACUCACAUUUUUGCUUCAGGACUCUUUGGGAGGGAAUUCAAAAACAACUAUAAUUGCAAAUAUUAGUCCUUCUAAUUGCUGUUCACUGGAGACAUUAAGCACACUAAAGUUUGCACAGCGUGCUAAAUUCAUUAAGAACAACGCAAUUGUGAAUGAAGAUGCAUCUGGAGAUGUCCUUGCCAUGAGGAUACAGAUUCAGCAACUCAAGAAAGAAGUGUCUCGUCUACGAGGUUUAGUCAAUGGAGGAGCUGAUAAUCAGGAAAAUGAUACUUUGACAGCAUCUUUUCCAGGAUCUCCUGGAUGCUUUAAGUGGGAAGGUCUUCAGGGGUCCUUCAGUCCACUUGCGACUGAUAAAAGGAUGUCACAUAAGAAAGAUUAUGAAGUCGCCCUUGUUGGGGCUUUCAGGAGGGAAAAAGAUAAAGAUAUUGCAUUUCAGGCUUUGGCUGCUGAAAAUCAGGCUGCUAUGCAACUGGCCAAACAAAGAGAAGAUGAGAUACAAGGGCUGAAAAUGAGGCUACGACUUCGAGAAGCUGGAAUAAAGAGGCUGGAGGCAGUUGCUUCUGGGAAAAUAUCUGCUGAGACACACUUGUUGAAAGAAAGGGAGGAACAUUUAAAGGAAAUAGAAGUCUUGCGCACUCAGGUUGAUCGGAACCAAGAAGCGACGCGAUUUGCUAUGGAAAAUUUGCGACUAAAAGAAGAAAUUCGAAGGUUGAAGUCAUUUUGUGAGGAGGGCGAACGGGACAUGCUGAAUGAACAGAUCACUGUAUUAGAGAAUAAGUUACUAGAAGCACUUGACUGGAAACUUAUGCAUGAGACUGGUCCCUCAAUAGUUCAGAAGGGAAAUUCAGACAUGUCGGCAGAUGUCCAAGAUGAUGCUAAUUUACUGACAUUUACUCAGCCAGCAUCACCUUGGCACUCCACAAUUAAUGAAGAGAAUGAAUUCCUUCGUAUGCAGGCAAUUCAAAACCAGGCAGAAAUGGACACACUUCACAAGAAACUAAACUUAUGUCUCGAAGAGAAGGAAAAAUUGGAAAGGCAUGUUAAUGAAUUGGUUACAGAGUUAGAGAAAGAGAGAUCAUCUAGAGAUGUGAAAGAAGAAACAAAGAAAUUGCAAAUUGAGCUUCCGUCUCUAGCAGGUGAUGUGGCCAAUAUUGCUUUCAAUGACCAGAUAGAGCUUAAAACAAUGGUUGAUGCUAUUGCUGCUGCAAGUCAAAGAGAAGCAGAAGCACAUGAAACAGCAAUUAUCUUGUCCAAAGAGAAUGAUGAAUUGCGGAUGAAGCUUAAGGUCUUAAUUGAAGACAACAACAAAUUGAUUGAACUGUAUGAGCAAGCAGUUGCAGAGACUAAUAACAGGAACAGCAGUAAAGACGAGAAUGUUCAAAAAGAAAACAAUGAGGAUGGCUGCAACAACGGUUUUGCUGAAGCUGAGAAAGCCUCAGAAGCUAACAAUGAAGAUAACAGUCGCGGUGAUGGUGGUUUUACUGAAGCUGACAAUGCUCAAGUAGACAACAAUGAAGAUAAUGGAAAUGGUGGUUUUACUGAAACUGCAGAAGAGAAUGAAGAAAUUGAGAUGAGAAAGGUGAUUGAGAACCUAGAGCAUCAACUGAUGGAAAUGCACGAAGAAAAUGAGAAACUAAUGGGUCUCUAUGAGAAUGCUAUGCAGGAGAGGGAUGAAUUUAAAAGAAUGUUUGUUUCUGGUGGACGUAACAGCAUCGACUUAAAAGGGGAUUUUAUUUGCCCAGAAAAGCUUGUUGAGGUGGAUGAAGGGGAAUGUGUCAAUUCUGAUGAACCUCGUAUCUACAGUGGGACAGAAAUUUUGAUGGGGGAAACCAGUUUUCCCAGAUUAACUGUGCAAGAUGUGUCCAGCGAACACCCUGGGACACACCAAGAAAAUGAACGUCUCCAAUCGGAUGAAACUGCUAGUAUUGAUGGAAAUAAUUCUGUCAAAGAAAUGAAGCCCUCAGAAGUUGAUGUGAGGUUGACACAAGAUAUUAAUUUGGUUAGGAUGAAGCUGGAUGGAGCACAACAAAAGCUUUCAGAUUCUGUCAAAGCUGCAAAUGUAUUCUGUUCUCUUGAGAAAGCAAUUGGUGAGGUUAAUAAGCUUUCAAGGGAAAUUGAAACAAUGGAAGAUGCAAUUCGAGUCAAGCAGGAAAAGUUUACAUCUCUUAAACUUCUCUCUUCUGAGAGGCAUGAAAAAAGAUUGUUAGUCAAUAAGAAGCUAUUGGCUCUCAAAUACUCUUUAUUGAGCUCAUCAUCAUCAGUUGUUUACUUUGAACAACGAGAGGUUCAAGCAAGGGCAAGGUUAGAUGCUGCAGAGUCUUACCUAAACAAAAAGAAAGAAGAAUUAGCCUGCCUCCAAGCCCACAAGAAUGACAUCGAAGCAGCUCAAAGAAAGAUUCAACAAUCUGAAGUUGAAUUGAGAAACCAUUUUGCCUGCUUAAAAUCAAAACUUGAAGAAGAAAACAGGAGACGGGAGAAUGAGAAGGUUCUAUUGGUCAUUGAUAAUGUAGAGAAAACAGAGAAUGUUUCCUCACAGAGAAAUUGGCAGUUCAGUGGUAAAGCAACUGAAUUACUGAAAUCCGAGGAAGAAAAAAUAAAGCUGCAAACUGAGAUGAGCAAGAGUCGGGAAAAGCUUGAGAUCAUAAGAAGGGAAGUUGAAGAUGUGAAUAACAAGUAUGAGAAAGUAGAGAGUAGGAUACAUGUGGUAGAGAUGGAAAUACAAAAAGGCUUGAAGACUGUAGAGCAGAUGGAGCUUGGGUUUCAAGGCGUCAUUGGAGAGAAGAGCAUGCUCUUGGAAUUUAGAGAGAAUGGAAAGGCCGAAUUUGACAACAUGAUUCUUGAAUUCCAACAGGCUGUGUUUGAAGUAGAUUUGAGGGAUGCCGAGAUAAUUAUUUUGGAGGGAGAAUUGCAGGCAGAAUCCAAGACAAUAGAGGAAAUACAAAGAACGAGGUCUGUAAUCAAUGAGAAGAUGAGCCAAUUGCUGAAAGAUGAAUGGUGCCAUUCACACUUAUUAUCUGAAAGGAUGGAGGAAGCAUUGCAAGAUAUUAUAAUGUUAAUCGUGGAAGCAAAAUCAUUGCUUGCAAAUUAUAGUCCAAAUGACACUAACUCCUCUGUACAACUUUCGUAACUUUGAUUAUGUCUGCAGACAAUUUGUCACUAAUGCACCCUUCAUCUUAUUGUUAAUCACUUAUCAUUAAU